AUGUUUUUCAAGUCGACUCUCGUUCUGGCCAUGAUGGCCCUUGGCAACAUUGCCAUUGCUGCCCAGACCCCGGGCUGCCUUCUCGGCGUUAUUGGCAACACCGCCAACCCGGAUGACAUGCCAACUAUAUGUGGCUCUAAGGAUAUCCAAUCCUCCAUCUCGAAGCAGUGCGGAGAGAAGUCUGUGCAGUACUUUGCCAACAUGUGCGAUGCUGCUGGCUACAAGAUUGAGGAGUCUAGCACCACCGCCAGCUCCUCGACUUCCAUAACCGGCUUCGUCACUGCUAUGUCUACCGUGACUGGUUCCCCGGUCACUGCCACCUGCCACGCUGGCUGCACCAAGACUUCGACUGAGACUGCUAGUGCCAGCUCUGGUUCUGAUUCUAGUUCCGAUUCCGGUAGCGGCACUAGCAGCACUGAGACUAGCAGCGCAUCGAGCCCUUCCUCGACCUCCUUCAAUGGAGCUACGACUGUGAAGUUCUCGACCAGCUUGCUUGUUGCUGGAAUCUUUGUCGGUGCUGCCGCACUUCUGUGA